UGCCAGCUGGUGGCGGUAAUGCGCCAGAAUGUUUUUGCUAACCGCCAAACAAAGUCACGACGAAGAAGAAGAAGCGGAAGAAGACGAAGAAGAAGAGGACGAAUUGAACACUGCAGCGCGGUCUUUAGUUCCGUCACUAUCAGCUUCCUUUAACAUCGUUUUUAUUUAGUAUUAACUGACAUUAAAAUGCUGUUGUGACGGAGUGAGCUGUGUUAGCCUAGCAAGCUAACUUACACACGGCCAACAAGUUAUCGAGCCUUAUCUUUGUGGCUAACAGCUAACAGGAGCACCACUGGGACACAAGGAUGACUUGCCCCCCAACCAAGCGCCUCAGAGGUCUGAACCAGGGUAUAGCGACUGCGAUGGCUUUUGAUGACCCGUUUGGAGAUGAUGAAGACUUCACUCAGGAUGACUUUGAUGAGAUUGACAUCAUCGCCUCGCAGGCCAUCACCUCUGUCCCUGCCCCUGGGCUUGGGUCGAAACCAGGACCUAAACCAACAGAGCUGGCCCACGGGUCUGCCUGGCCGCCUUCUACAGGGCAGAGCAAAUCUUUGAGCAGAGCCACAAGCAAUCAGAGCAGAGAGAACACGUUCGGCUUCAGCAGCAACAACAGAGCGAAUGCUGGAAUGGUCAGCAGAGAGCCUCUCGGUAACAGGCAGCAGCAUUUUGGGUCAGACAGAGAAGACUCCUACAGUGUGCUGGAGGCUCAGCAUGCAGAGCUAAAGAGGAAGCUGAAGGAGGUGGAGGAGGAGAUUGUGUUGAAGAGCGGGGAGAUCCGGGUCUUGAGGGACUCUCUGAAAGGAGCCCAGCAGGAGAAGGAGGCCCAGAGGCAGAACCACAUCCUGCAGGAGACGCAGAGACAGAAAGAGCAGAGCGAGAGGGAGAAGGAGCUCAACAGGAAGGUUCAAUCUUUGCAGUCAGAGUUGCAGUUUAAAGAAGCAGAGAUCAAUGAGAUAAAGACCAAACUGCACAGUUCGGACAAAAACAAGAUGGCCUCUCCUCUGCCUAGAAACAGUCCUAAAGUGCUGAACAGUCUCGCCCAGUUGCAUCAUGGGAGCGGCAGCAGCUCCUCCUCUCCAACAGCAAAUGGUUUCAUCACAAAGGAGACCUUCGGAGCCAACAUCCCUCCCAGAACGACGCCGGUGAAGACGAGGAGAGAUGGAGGGGGCAGAGGGUCGUCCAGCGGCAGAUCUGGUGAUGGACAGGAAGUGUCUCGCCCAGACCCCUUCCUGUCCGUCAGACCUGCACACCUACAGCACCGAGGUGGCGUUCUGCUCGGGUUGUUGCUGCAGCAGCCUUUGUCUCCCAGCAGCCUCGGCCUCUCUCACCUGCUGUCAGUGAGUCUGACUGACAUCCCCCCGACAUCCAGCAGGCUGUCAGCAGGUUUGCUGCUCCAACCAGAUGCUGCAGUCGGUGGUGGUGAAGGUGGAGCUCCCAGAGCUGCUCUGAGCCCGGUCCAGAGUCUGGCUGUAACUGGACUCAACAUGCUGAGUCAGAGCCGACCAGACACUGCAGCCAGCAGCAGAAACAAAAGGUCGUGUCCCGGUGCAGUCCUGCUCCUCCCUCUGUUGGACCUUCACCUGUCUCGGCUCUGUCAGGCCCUCGACUCACUUCGCUCCACCUCUGCCGGUGGUUCAAACUCUCCUGCUGCUAGCUCGCUCCCAGCAGGCCAUGCUGCUCCCACUGCUGGACUAGGGAGACUGGAGGAGGCUAGUUUGUCUGGUUUCAGUGUAAAGGACACUGGUUUGGCUGCUCUGAGGCUCCUCUACCUGCUGAUGGCCCACAGUGACGAGGUGGUGGAGGCUGUGUUGUCAAAGGAAAGUCGGAGCGGAGUCACAGACGACAAGGCUGACCGCUCUGCUGCAGGUGUUGGUCUGUGCUCCCAGAAUGCCUUGCUGCAGUCAGUGUUGCAGCUCUGCGAAGCAGGACAAGGCAGCGGCGGCUCAGAGAGGGAAGAACUCGUCCUGAAUGCGCUGAAGACCGUGUGUGUCCUUAUUGAGAGGACUCCAGACACACACACUGACAGGCUGCAGUGUGUGUUGCCGGUGGUGUGUGUGUGUUUGUCAGCCGACAGCAGGUUGCAGACAGUUUCAGAGUGUGUGAGCGUCCUCACGUCCAUGUCCGACCACCAGACACUGGCUCGGCAGCUCUGCUCUCAGCAUGAUCCGUGUGUUUUCCUGAAGUUGUUGCAGUUCAUCAGAAGCAGAGCUGACAACCAGGCAGCACACACAGACUGGAUUCACUUGGACUUGCAGGUGGUUCGUUUGCUGAGCAGACUGAUGACUCAGAGAGCAGAGAGCUGGACCACCAACCAGCACAGCACCUGCCAAUGUUACACUGAGCUGGUUCAGACAGUGGUGAUUGUUUUCCAUCGUCAGUGGUUGGAUCUUCGUGGCUCUCAGGAGCUGACAGACUCAACAGGCCCGGCUUCGCCCUCGCAGCCGUGCGACGGCCCCACGUUACCAUGGUGGCGCGGCGUGGCGGCGUCCCUCCUCAGAGAGUGUCUGCUGCUGCUGCACUGGCUGCUGCUGCAUCACGGCAGCUUCUCAGAGAGCUGCAGGCCGCUGCUGCACAUGUACGACCAGGUGAUCCCUGCUGUCCGAGACACGCUGAGGAAGAUCCCCGAGCUGAGCGAGAGCGAAGAGCUCGCGUUGGAGGAGAUCUGCCGCUCGGAGGGCGACGACACUGACGACAUGGACACUGAUACUGGCUCCUGAUUGGCUGCUGCCACUGCUUCCACCAGUGACCAAUGAGCAGACAUGAAGGGACAAUUUACUGACUGGUGAUUGGAUAUUUCAGACUGAGACGAAGACAGAACUGGGACUCUUGAUGAAGUUGAUGUUGGACAGAAAUGAAGAUUAGACUCUGACGUGACGGACAGUCGCAGGAUUAAUUCCUCUGUCUGUCGGGAUUUGAUAAUAAAACAUGAAGGUGAGAUAAACUGCCGCUGUCAGAGUUCAUCUUCUUUUAUGUUGUUUACUGUAUUCUUCAUUGAUUACUGUGCGUGUCAUCUUAGAGCCUGGAGGUCAUUGUUAAAUCAUAAAGAGGAAUUGUUCAGCAUUAAUCUCUUUUUGGUGAGGAGUCGACACGAGAUCAAUACCACUCUCCCUUCAGUCCUACUGAAUAUGAAGCGAGCAGCCGGUUAGCUUAUCUUAAAGACUGUGAACAAGAGGAAACCGUGAGCAAAGGCUCCUGGGAUUGAACUUCGAGCUGUUGCUUUAAGAACUCAGCCUGAAUACACGUUACACCUCGUCCUUUAAUAGUCACUUUUUACACUUCAUCACUGAAGCAGUUUGAGUUCUUCUUGCUCUGCAGGUGUCUAAUCGCAGCGUCUCCUCACUGGAAGGUUUUGUUGUUCCUGCGACAACAACCUUGUGUGUGUCCACGAUUUUACUCUGUGCUGCUUCUGGAAUAAAUUCUGUCUUGAGAUUAAA